AUGGUAGAGCUCGCGGUAUGUAUAAUUGUCUCUCUCGCUCACCCUGCCUCCUUCUCAUCGCCGCGCCUCUUCCGCACGGUGCUGCAGCUCGAGCACAUGGCGGGGUUGCAAACUCUGAACACCUUCAAGGAGCUCGAAACCCAGUUCGGUUCCCCUCCGCAUCCAUGUCAUCCUCUGAUCCGCGCUGGCGAGCCUUCGCUGCUUGCCGUCACCUGCCGCCACCCGCACAUUGAGCAAGUCACUGAUUACCCGUUCGUCUUCUGUCAUGUAUCGCCGCACCAACAGCGCCAUCACGACCAUAAUCUCCUCAGCGAGUUUGGGCAUUGGCAGACGCUACGCCUUGUUCACGACGAUGACGACGACGACAGACAGGAGGCAGCCGUACCACCGCCUUUUGACACCGACUGA